UUUAACCAUGAGGACUCUGUUGUGCUGCCUUGUCGUCUUUGUGGUCGUCGCCGUAGCCAAUGCCGGCUACGGACACGGGGGCUACGGCCACGGCGGCUACAGCCACGCCAUCACCCACCACUACGACAACCAGAGGGCGCACUAUGGCUAUGGCGGCUACGGACACGGCGGAUAUGGUGGAUACGGUGGAUACGGUGGAUACGGUGGACACGGCGGUUAUGGCGGCUACGGUGGAUACGGUGGAUAUGGCGGCUAUGGCGGAUACGGUCACGGAUACGGUGGGUUCUACGGUUGA